UAUAGGGGGGGGGGGGGAACAAUACUUAACCACAAAGUAAAAGGGAAGGGGGAAUGAAAAACAGCCUCCUUGCCUUUACCUCCUCUUUUUUUCCCUCUCUAAUAAACCAUACUUACAUACUCAGCAAUCACCGUUUGUUCUUUCUUCCCUCCUCGAUGUUCUAGAAAUAGAACCAUGGGCGGCUGUAAUAAUUGUUCUUUGUCGUUUAAAGCCUUAUUCGGGACACUGAUGAUCUUGGGGGUCAUCUUUGUUGGGACGCUGCAAAGUGAUCAAGGAAACAAGACAACUUUAAGAAAUGUUGACGAGUCAUGGUCGUGGAAGGGAAAGCUGCAGCUACAGCGGGAAGAGGAAGUAGGCAAAGGGAAGUCGAGUGUGGUGCAUCAACGGAUGGAUCUCAACUACAUGAGCAAAAGAAGAGUUCCUAAAGGACAUGAUCCUAUUCAUAACAGGAGAGCCAGAAACUCGAGACAACCGCCAAGACAAGCAUAGGCAUCAAAGUAUGGCCGCCGGAAGCUCCGAAUCAGCCGAAGUGGUAGAAGACGACGAUGAGAAAAGCCAGCAUAUGUGGCAUAUAUCUUGCUUGUAAUAUUUUGGAGGUGGGACAAUAAAUAUUUGAAAUGUUUUGACCAUCCAAUUAAGCCUUCAUGCAUGCAUGUAGUUCUUUAUUGGGAG